AUGCACUGUGAAGAUUCCAUUGUUACAUAAUUUAUUUUCUCAAAAAAAAAUCAAAACACUUCAAAUAGAUUUAAUGAACAACCCCUCACAAUCAAAGUAAACACAAAUACACAAUUUUUUUCUAUGAAAGGAAUACAAAUAGAUUUGGACAGGCACCUGCAGACUUUGGAAAUAUUGAAUAAAUAGAUCUCAAUAUGGAAGAAGAUGAAUUCAACUUCCACAGAACUGUAAAAUGUGAAAAAAAUGUUGCUCAACUGGCCCUUCAGAAUUUGUUUGAAACCCUUUGGGACAGAAUAUACCCUGAAACUCCAUGGGCACAAAAUGCAGAAAGUAUCAAAUUGUUUGAACAAAAAGAAGAUGAGCACUUUCACAAAAGCUUAGAAGAGUUACCGAACAGCGAAAAGAGAAAAAAAAAUAACAAAAGAAAUCAACUUCAAAACACUUUCAGAGACAACAAUUGGAAAAAUUAUGAUUGGGAUAUCAGCAAGUUCAUAUAUGCUUUAGUAGACUCAAAACUCUUUGAUUUAGAUGAAACUGAUGAGACAGGUAUGCCAGUUAGCGAGCAUGUUGUCAAGAUAAAAGACAUUCGUAAUGAAAUUGCUCAUUUUAGAACAACUUACUGUAACACCGAAUAUUUUGAAAAGACAUUCAAGUCAAUAGAAGCCCAUAUCAAAGCAUUAGAACUAGUAAAACUAAAUGUAUCCCCAUACAUUGAAGAAUUACAUAGAAUAAAAUCACAAGAAAAACCUGUCUCUGCUCGAGAAUUUUGGGAGAUACGAACACAGUUCGAACAUUUAAAAAUGUCACAACAGGUCUAUGAAGAAAGAGAAAAGAGAUACGCAUUGCUGGAAAAAAUGAAUGCAGAGAGUAAAAAACACACUGAAGAAAUGCAGAGACUUCAGUAUACAUCUGAAUUACAGAAGCAUACACAUUCAACAUGUUCAAAGGAACUUCAAAAACUUCAAUCAGAAAAUGACUCGCUGAAACAGACCUAUUCUGAAGAACUUAAACACCUCCGUUCAGAAAAUGAAUUGCUGAAACAGACCCAUUCUGAAGAACUUAAACGCCUCCGAUCAGAAAAUGCAUUACAGAAACUUAUGGCACUAAAACUAAUUGAUGUAUUACAGGAACAAUUACAGGAACCAAGACUUUCUGAAAAACAUAACAUCUCAAGAUUUAGACAUGGAAUUGUAAUAAAAUCUCAACCUGAAACUCAGUUUCAGAAACAAAGACAUUCAGCUUGA